AUGACGAUCAUGUCAGAACAUUUAUUAAUAUCGAGAAAUAGUGAUGGUGAUAAAAGAGAAAAAUUGAGAUCAAUCCUCGAAAAACAGUUUACAAAAAUAACCAAGUUAUUGUAUACCACAAGCGUACCGAGUGAUGUUCUCGACAAUGAAGUUCUUCCUUACAUCGCAAAUGAUGUUGUUUUUACUGAUCCAUGGCAGAACGGAGGAAGUAAAGAAUUAUAUCGUAUUGGAAUGAAAGGUUUUCAUUGUAUGUUCAAUUUUACCAUGGAUAUUUUUCAAUUAAAUGUUAAACUGAAUGAUGAUGACACUGGUCGAGUUAUUGUUGAUGGUAUAAUGAAUUUAGAACAAUUUAAAUGGAUUUAUACAUAUCCCUUACGCACCAUAUUGGUCUAUGAUUUUCGUUUGUUGAAUAAAGAUGUAUAUGAGGAUGAACAAGACGAUGAUCUGAUUAUUUCACCAUUAUUUGAAAUUUAUCGACAUGAAGAAAUGUGGAGCUUUGGAGAUAUGAUUGCGAAUUUGCCCGUUGCUGGCUGGUUUUAUCGAAAUAUAUUUCGUGUUGGUUUCGGUUACGCAUUUGUCUUUGCAUCAGGUGUAAGUUGUUAUCUCAAAGAUGUUCAUAUUGAACAUGAAGGUAUAAACAAAUUUCAUAUUUCCAAACAAAUUUUACAUAAAUUAGCUUUGUUUAGACAUCCAAAUGUUUCUAUUGUGAUGGAUAUUAUACAAGAUGUUUGUCAUGCAUUUAUGUAUCCACAUGAAGUUGAACAAAAUGAAACGAAUACGUGUGACGACAUUCUUCGUAAAAAUGCUACCGAAAUCCAAGAAAAAUAG